GCCUGCUGUCUCGCCCUGGGUAGGACUCCUUCCUGUUGAGCCAGAUAGGGUGACAGCAUGUAGUUCCAUGAAAUGAGGCUGGGGCCACUUUCUCCUUUGGGACUUUCUAGUUAGUCUGCCUGAGCCAAAUGUCCUCUGCUGGUCUGUCAUGAACUAGUUACAAAAUCCUGUAAAAUCCAUGUACCCUCCUGUUUGCAUAGCUUGCAGAGAUUCCUUUCAUGGUUGUUGAGUCACUGCUUUUUACUCAGUGCUUUCAGUUUCACAUUACUCUAAAUUCUUCAUUUCUAACAAAGUACUUUAGGAGGUCAGGACAGCCACGUCACAUCGGAGUUGAAAUAAAAGCACACCCAUCCAGUGAAAGGCAGAGAAGUAACAAACAACUCCAGCCUACACUAAGGGAAAAAAAAAGAUAAGGUGACACCCUGGACAUGGCCUCAGACAUCCAGAUGCCAGGCCCGGUGUGCCUCAUUGAGAACACUAACACGCAACUAGUGGUUAAUCCAGAAGCUUUGAAGAUCCUGUCUGCCAUUACACAGCCUGUAGUGGUGGUGGCCAUUGUGGGUCUCUACCGCACAGGCAAAUCCUACCUGAUGAACAAGCUGGCUGGGCAGCAAAAAGGCUUCUCUCUGGGCUCCACGGUUCAGUCUCACACCAAAGGCAUCUGGAUGUGGUGUGUGCCUCACCCUAAGAAACCAAACCACACCCUAGUUCUGCUUGACACUGAAGGGCUGGGAGAUGUAGAGAAGCUUUCUGAUCUUUUGCUACUCAGCUAUGUGACAGAGCUGACAGAUAAAAUAAGGGCAAAAUCUUCACCUGAUGCAAAUGAGGUUGAGGAUUCAGCUGACUUUGUGAGCUUCUUUCCAGAUUUUGUGUGGACACUGAGGGAUUUUUCCCUAGAAUUGGAAGUACGUGGGCAACCCAUCUCAGCAGAUGAGUACCUGGAGAAUUCACUCAAACUCAAGCAAGGUACCAGUUCUAAAGAUAAAAAUUUUAACCUGCCCCGACUUUGUAUCCGAAAGUUCUUCCCAGAGAAGAAAUGCUUUAUCUUUGAUCGGCCCACUCAUCGGAAGAAGCUAGGCCAACUUGAGACAAUGCAUGAUGAUGAGCUGGACCCCGAAUUCGUGCAACAAGCUGCUGACUUCUGUUCCUACAUCUUUAGCAAUUCUAAAGUCAAAACUCUUUCAGGAGGCAUCCAAGUCAAUGGACCCCGGCUGGAGAGUCUGGUGAUGACCUAUAUCAAUGCCAUCAGCAGCGGGGACCUGCCCUGCAUGGAGAAUGCCAUCCUGGCCUUGGCCCAGAUAGAGAAUUCGGCUGCAGUGCAAAAGGCCAUUGCCCACUAUGACCAGCAGAUGGCUGAGAAGGUUGAACUGCCCACAGAAACCCUCCAAGAGCUCCUGGACCUGCACAUGGCCAGUGAGAAAGAGGCCAUUGAAGUCUUCAUCAAGAAUUCCUUCAAGGAUGUGGACCAUUUAUUUCAAAAGGAAUUAGCGGCCCACCUAGAAAAAAGGCGAGAUGACUUUUAUAAAGAGAAUAUUAAAGCAUCAUCGGAUCGCUGCUCAGCUUUACUUAAGGAUAUCUUCCAAUCUUUAGAAGAAGAUAUAAAGCAGGGGGCUUAUUCUAAAUCAGGAGGAUAUCGUCUCUUAAUGCAGACUGUGCAGGAGCUGAAGAAAAAGUAUCUUCAGGCACCCAAGAAGGGAAUACAGAGUGAAGAAGUUCUUCACGCAUACCUGAGCUCCAAGCAGUCUGUGAUUGAUGCAAUUCUACAGACAGACCAGACUCUCACAGAAAAGGAAAAAGAGAUAGAAGUGCAACGUGUGAAAGCUGAAUCUGCAGAGGCUGCAGCAAAAAUGCUGGAGGAAAUGCAAAAGAAGAAUCAGCAGAUGAUGGAGGAGAAAGAAAGGAGUUACCAGGAACAUGUGAAACAACUGACUGAGAAGAUGGAGCAGGAGAGGGCCCAAUUAAUGGCAGAGCAAGAGAAGGUUCUGGCUCUUAAACUUCAGGUAUGUAAUGGCAUCACCUUGAUGUUUGUCUUUUUCUGUUUUCUCUCCACUCUUCCUGGCUUGUUUGUGUGUCUGUUAGAACUCGAAACCCGGAAGGACCUUGCUUGCCCACUCACAUCUUUCAAUCCCUGUCUGUCUGCCUGA